GGAGGAUUGAGGGUGCGUGGAGGUAGAGGAGAGGGAAGAGGAGGAGGAGUGAGGGUUCGUGGUGGUGGAAUAGGAGGAAAUAGAGUUCGCAGACAUCAUGUUGUCCCAGAUGAAAUUCGGGCCACCAUUAUUGAUCAUGUCAUCAACCAUCGCCUCACAAUGGCAGAGGCAGGGCGCAGAGUGCAGCCUAACGUGCCACGCUCCACAGUUUCCUCCAUCAUUCAAACCUUUCGGCGGGAAAACAGGAUUGGCCGACAACCUCAUGCGGGUGGAAGAAGAAAACUUCUAACCGAUCGCCAAGAACAGGAGAUCUGUAACAUGGUGAUAGCAAAUAAUGCCAUAACACUGACACAGAUCCGGGAUGCAGUCCUCCAAAACAAUGGCGUCUUCCAAAACAUCAACUCCAUCAGCAUAUCAACAAUAGACCGGGUUCUGAAGAAGAACCUAAUCACCAUGAAACAGAUAUACAGAGUACCAUUUGAUAGGAACACUGCCAGAGUAAAAGAGCUGCGGUACCAGUAUGUGCAGAGAAUCCUGGCACUGGAGGGGAGUGAAACACCACACAUCCUAGUGUUUGUUGAUGAGGCAGGCUUCAACCUGGCCAAGGGCCACAGGCGUGGCCGAAACAUCAUUGGCCAGCGGGCCACAGUGGAUGUCCCAGGCCAGCGGGGGGGAAAUAUAACCAUGUGCGCGGCUAUUUCAGAAAAUGGUGUGGCCACCCACACUGCAAGCUUGGGCCCAUAUAACACAGAGAAACUCCUCCGUUUCCUGGAUCAACUAUAUGUAUAUUUGGUCCCAGAAAAUGAGAGGGGUCUUGAAGGGCCCCACCUACCCCAGUUUGUCAUUGUAUGGGACAAUGUUAAUUUCCACCGUGGUCCACGCAUCCGGGCAUGGUUCAACAUGCAUCCAAGAAUGCAUAAUGUCUUGUUACCACCAUAUUCUCCAUUCCUGAAUCCUAUCGAGGAGUUUUUUCUCUGCUUGGAGAUGGAGAGUAUAUGA